GUUUAGCCAGUAUCUGUAUAUUCAGUUGAGUGUCAAGAAGACUGUGAACCUGAAAUACCCAGCCAAUGAGGAACCACGGGAGGAAGAAAGAAGCGUUGGGUCCCAUCAAUAAUGGGACAUAAAUGAUGUAAUCCUUUUUUCUGAGCGCUAUUGCAAUUGUGAAUAAAAUCUGUUUUAUCAGAGACGCUGUGCUGAUGAAUUCUUUGGAUGUUUCCAGCAGGAACUGGGAACAGAAAUGAAGUAUCAGGACCAGUUUUUAUAUAACCAGUUUUUAUAUAACUGAGAGUUCUAAUCAUAAACUCUUUUGGUUUAUGUUCAUUGUUCCAUAAACAUAGGUAUUUGUGGAAACUGAGGAACUGUAUUGUUUGAUUUGUGGGUUUGGAAGGGAAUGGAACAAACUGGGUGGUAUAAGAAAGUAUAAUUGUUAACGGUAUGUUGAAGCAUAAUUGAGGGUAUGUGAAAGCGUAAUUGGGAAUACAAAUAGUGGAAUAGUGUAAAAAGGCAGAAGGGUGAAAGGAAAAGUGAGUUUAUCUGCACUGGCAUGAGAGCGACCCCUGCAGAAUGCUAGGAGAGUGAGAGUGAGCCAGGGCCAGAGACUGCUGCUGUAAACAGCCUUGCUCACAAAAGGGGAUUGGGGCGCUGAAAGUGAGGAUAGCCCUCAACUGCAGAGAGUUAAGGAAACCCAAAACCUCAGUGUUAGCACUGGAAGCCUCUGGAGGGGAGGAGGUUAAACUGAAACAAUGUUAGUCGUUUCUGCAAUAAUUUGAGUUUGGAAAGUGAAAAAGGGUUGGGAAAGACACAAGCUGAGGAAGGCAAAUCAUGAUGAGCGUGAGGCGUAACAGGGAUGUUACAGGGACGGAGAGAGGUGAGUGAUAUGGGAAAGCUGAUUGAGGAACAGAGGUAGUAAGGAAGGGCAGCAGCUGCUAGCAUUGCUGUGCUAGAACAGGGCCCGAGCACCCAGAGAUGCCCUUAGAAAGAGGUGGGGGGGGGGGCUGGAAGAGCCCAGGGAGGGCUCAGUUCCUGCUGGACCGAAAGCAGUGUGCAAACUGCAGGAAAUGGGACAACGGUGGAGAAAUCGUACCGAGCUGAGGGGGAGAGAACAGUCUCUGACCUUUUGGGAUCAAGGAAAUACAGGCUGGGAAAACAAGCAGGAACACAUAAAUUCUUGUACGUGAAGGAAGGCCCCGAGACACAGCACAGUUCUGUGCGCUGAUGGGGACCAGCUUUACUGCUGCAGAUUACGUAUUAAAGCAGGAAUAGAUCCAGAGGUCUGGAAGAAAGGACUGGCCGUACGCACUACCCCACCCGUUUGGAAAUAAGACCCAGCGCUGCAAGGGCCCUUCAAUGCCGCACCACGAAGCACACCGCCCACCCGCCGCACCCGCGAGACCGUAGAGCCCGGAUGGAGAGAGCGACCGGAAGAAGCCAACCGGAAACCGCACGCCUAGGCGGGGCGGGAGGACCGCGGCCUUCGAGAUGUUGCCUAGAGCGGCUCCAACCAUAGAGCUUCAGCCUGGAGCGGCCCCCCCGUGGAGCGAGCGGCGCAUGCGCCUAGUUUUGCUCCGCUGUGUCGGUGAGGAGGCGUGUGGACUGCAGCAUGGCUCCGGUGCUGAACCUCAACAACGAGGUUGUGAAGAUGAGAAAAGAUGUUAAGAAAGCCAGAGUCCUGACCAUUCGCAGACUGACCAGGCACAUUGGGAAACUGAAGUUGAAAAAGGGUUCAGAAGACUUGAAGCUGAAGAACCAAAAACGAGUUGAGAGAUUAAUAGAAGAAAUCCACGCUAUGAAGGAAAUAAAGCCGGACCAAGUUACCAGACUUGCACUUAGGAAAGAAGUGAAUUUUGAAAGUAUCUGCAGAAAGCCAAAGUCGACUGCAAAUGAGCGAGCUAUUGCAAGACUUGCAACACACCCCCUUCUGAAACCCAAAAUUGCUGAACUUAAAGCUGCUGUAAAAGCUUUUAAGGAUGCAAGACAAAACCCAGCCAAAGCCAGUCCUUCAGAAAAGAAGCCAGAAGCUCAGCCUAAAUCAGCACAGAAUUCCAAAAGCAAUUUGAAUGAACAAGUUCUUAAACUAGUUCAAAAUCAGCAAGGAUUUGAAGACAAAACAAAAAUGAAUGUGAAAAUGGAAACUGUAGGAGGAGCUGAUAAACUCAGUGAGAGUGAACCUGAACAGGAAAUUAUGGAAAUGGAGAGAAUUCCAAAAGAGCUUUCUUCUCAGACAGUAGAAAUGCAAGCAGUCACUCAGACAGGAAAGAAACUUGGCUGUAAGAAAAGGAAAGAAAAUGUGAGCAUGAACAAAUUAACUGCAAUGAAACAAAUAAUUAGAGAUGAUAGUGGCCUGGAACAACAUAGUGAAGAGGAAUACUUUGAUGAUAGUACUGAAGAGAGGUUUUAUAACCAGACAUCAAAUUCUGAUAGUGAUAGCAAUGAUGAUUUCUUCAUUGGCAAAGUAAGAAGAAAGAAGAAAACAGCAGCAGUUAAUAGUCUUUCUUCAGUAAAAGAAAAGAAUACACUUCAGAAAAACAUAUUGAAGGAAGAAAAGAGUACAGUAUCCAGGACAGUGCAAAAUUUGAUCAUGGAAGGAAAACCACAUGAAAAAGCAAGGAAGCUGGAAUCAGUGUUCUGUACUUCUUUGUCUACCUGCAAUCAGAAAUCCCAAAACAGAAGAAAUACAAAAGACCAACCUCUCAAAAACAGACAAACAGCUCUUCUUAAAAAGGAACCACAGCUCAAAAAACAAUCAUUUGCAAAAACCUCCAUUCUUAAACGUGAUGGUAAGAAUCCACGUUUGGAGCAGCCUCUUCAUCCUUCGUGGGAAGCAAGCAGGAGACGUCGGGAACAAAUGUCACAAAUUACAGCAUUCCAGGGCAAAAAGAUUAAAUUUGAUGACUAGACUGUAUAUAAAUUGAAAUUUUAAAAUAUGAUUAUUGUAAAUUUGCAUCUUACGAUAUUUUUGUAGGUGGUAAAAACUGGAGUUUGAACAAUUCUUGGUGGUAGGACAGAAAACAAUGUAGAAAUCUUCACUGAGAUAAUAUUUUACAUUUCUCAAGAAUUUUUGCCCAUUAAUCCAUGUUUGGCUGUCUUGAUAAUUCCAGUUUCAUAAUGCUGCUGUUUAUGGAAUAUGCCCUACCAUGACUGAAUGGGUUUUAAGAACAUCAUCUGUGCCAUGUAGGAGUAGUACAGAUUCUCUGAAGUUUUAUUUUUGUAAAAAUGUACUUUUAAGUGCUUGAGGGAUUGGAUCUAAGGUAAUAGGUAAGAAUACCACUACUGAAGUGAUAAUCCCAGGUCUGUAUUAACAAAUAACAUCUCUGAUGAGGAAAAGAAAUCUCUUAAGCUUGAACAGACUUUACAAAUUUGUGAAUGUAUCAGGUAGCUAUGAAAGCCAAUUAGUAAUGCACAUGUUCUGGGUAGCAAUAAAAUAUUGGCCUAUUAAAUUGUGGUCUUUGUUGUUCUUUGAUUAUAUUGUUGCUUUGAGCUACUGAAAGGGUGUCUUUAAUACUCCUGCCCUGGAGAUUGUAUCUGGAUGGUCUGCAUUUCUUGCACUUGUACAAUUAGAAGUCAUCUUUCUUAUUAGAUAUUGUUGAUAGUUAAGCAAAUAGAAUGUAUACAAAAGCGUACUGUUGGACAAAAUUCUUUAGUUAUUUUAAUAUGUUUCUUCAGAGAUGUUUUCUGCAGCUUAAUUGAAAUAAGUCAAAAAGAGGGUUGCUUUAUUAUAGGUAUAGUGGAAGCAGGCAGUGGUACAUCAUUCUAAGAUUCACCUGUCUUCUGGUGUUGUAGCUCAGGGACUUAUUGUGAUAUGGUAGUUUAUUGUGUUUAAUAAUCCUCAAUAAAUACCUCUUCUGCAGAUUUGUUUACUGUCAAAUCUAUGUCAACUGGUGUAACCUCUCAUCUCAUGAAGAAGUUUGUCCUAUGUAUCGAACUGUGUGAAAAAGCAAUCUCUUUCUCUGUGUGUUAAGCUGCAACCUGAUAGGUUUAGUAACUGCUUAUAACAGUGAGCAAAGAAUUUUUAUUAACUCUUUGAAUGUCACUUUGGAUAGAGAAGGGGAUGUUGGGAAGAGCAGUGGAUGUUGUUUAUCUCAACUUUAAUAAGGCUUUUGUUGUUCUUUCCCAUGAUAUCCUUAUAGACAAACUGCAUUAAUAUGGACUACAUAAAAUGAUAAUAAGGUGAAUCAGAAACUUGCUGACCUCAUGAGCUCCAAAGGUUUUGAAUAGCACAUAGCCAACAUAACUGAAGAGUGGUUCAGUACUACUCAGUAGUAUUUAACAUCUUCAUUAAUGAACUGGCUCAUAGGACAGAGUGCAUAUAUAGAACUGGCAGGAGUGGCUUAUAAGCCAGAUGGUUGUGCUGCCGUUCAGACAGACUUGGACAGGCUAGAGAAGUGGUCAGAGGAAAAGUUUAAACUUUGUGAAGCUUAGUUAAGGAAAAUGGAAAGCGCUGCCUCUGGAGAGCAGUAACACUGUACAGUAGUCUGUGCUGGAUGCAGAUGGGAUGGAAAGCUGCUUGCAGGAAAGGACAUGGGUUUCUGGUGAAUACCAACAGACCAUGAGCCAGCAAUUCAUCCCAAUAGUAGAGAUGUCCAACUCCUUCUUGGAGGAGCAGCAAGUUUGGAGAGGUGAUCUUUCUUCUCUGUUCAGCACAGGUGAGGCUAUGUCUAUCCCAGUCCCUGGAAAUUGUGGGCUUUGCAGUACAAAAGAUGUGGACACAAUGGAGAAAGUCCAGCAAAAGGUCUCCAAGAUGAUAAAGGAAAUGGAGUCCAAGGAGUGGCUGAGAACAGGGACAGUUCAACCUGUAGAAGGCUUGGAGUAUCUUACCAGUGUUUGUAAUUACUGGGAGGGGAAGAAGAUCAAGACAGACUCUUCUAAGUACAAAAGAAACAACUUUGUCACUGUAAAGAGGUCCAAUACUGGCACAAAUUGUCCAGAGAAGAUGUGGAGUCUCCAUCCUCAGAGGUACUUAGAAGCCAUCUGGACAUGGUCCUGUGCAAGCAGCUCUAGGUGGCCCUGCUUGAACAGAGACAUUGAGCCUGAUGACCUCCAGUGGACCGUGCCAACCUCAUCAACUCCUCGUGAUUUUGUGAUACUCAGAGGAAUGAGUCAAGCAGUGACUUAGUGACUACCAGCUGUUGGUUAAAGCAGUUACUGGAAGCAUGUAAAAAUGCAGUCGCUGUGUAAUUCCUCACUUAUUCUAUUUACCAUGAUGUUACAGCCAAAUCGGAGGAAAAAGUUUUUUUUUUUUAACAUGGUGUGACCACCACUCUGUCUCACUCCCUCUGGUAGACUGAAUACUUAUAUCCCAGUAUUUCUGCCCAUCCUCUUACUGUGUUCAGUUGUUGUAAGCUACAUAUUACAGUGGUUCCUUGGAUUAUUAUUAUCUACGUAUGACUUUGCCCCUCAGGCUUUCUUUUCUGUAUUCUAAACAACAGUAAAUGUGGUAUUAUUUUCCUGAAUUGCACUGAUGCUGAGAAGAGCAGGAAAUUCAUAUAUUCUUCCAUCUCCCAGUGCUUUUUGUUGCUGUUAUUUUUAAUGUACCAUCUUGAAUGGCAUCAAACAUAAAGCCAGAAGCAUCACAGUAAAACAUGAAAAUGAGAAAGCAUUUUUAUUGUUCUUUUGUAAGGAAGGAUAACCUUUUGUAGAAAAAGACAUGCCACAUGCAAACUCCUCUAAAUUUCCAAAUACAAAUGCUGAUCCUUAAUGCCUAAAAUAAAUAAAUGAAUAAAUAAUCCUAGUCAAAUGCUAUUCCAAACAAAUGUCUGACAUGUGACUUCUCUGGUUCCAGUGAAGGGCCAGAAGAAUUUCUUUUGUUUGCUGUCAUCAGUUCUAAUAUAGUUUUUCAUGGAUGGAUGAUCUUUGAGUAGAUGAGCAUCAUAGUUUAAGAGUUGAUUCACUUUAAAGACUAAAAAGUUAAAGAGUGCAAAUAAUAGUUUGAAACAAAAUGUCUUUUUGCAUAUGUUCUAAAGUGCUUUUUUGCAUGUGCUAGGAGAUCUAAGAGCAUUAGUUUGUCUUGGCGUUUGAGCACAUUUCUUACUACGUUCCUGCAGCUGUAAUUUGUGCCCAUAGAAUUCUUCCUGAAGGAAACCUAGUUUAUCAAAACAUCUUUUUUUCCUCUUCAGAAACACGACUAAACUUCUGAGCUCCUAUUUAAAAAACUGAAAAAAGAUAAGCUGAACAUGAAUGAAAAGAGGGAGAUUAGGUUGUUGGCAUUGCUUCAGAUUUUAAUAGGCCAUUACCACUUGUAGCUGGUGCUUGGUGACUCACCUGGAUCACAGCCUUAAUGUGCUGGGCAGUGUACAAAUGAGUGCUGAUGGCUGAGACUUGAUAGUGUUUUUUAUAUGCAACUGGGUGAUUUUUUAUGAGCUGAUAAACUCAGUGAACACAACUGGAGCUUGUUGAUAAAAGUUCAAAACAUUUUUUCUUCAUGAUGGCAAUAUUUUCAAUAUGAACAUGCUGUUAACCUAGUUUGUGACAUUGUUUAGGCAGCGACCUCUCAUGAAGUAUGACCAAUUUAUUUUUCUAAUGAUAUGGGAAGAUAAUUCACUCUGUGAUUGUAAGAUAAGAAUCCUGGAGAAUCCUGCUUUCCACUCCAUUACUGUACUACAGGAGAAAUGUUCUCACUCUGUGUAUGUAUGGUCAAAUACUCAUAGAGUGCUUUUAGAUGCAGUGUUUUCACUUAAAACAAGCUUAGAUUUGUCAGUAUUUUAUUAAAAGCCACAACAAUUGGAUGUGUCGUUGCUCUGACUGCGUUUUCACAUGGAGUCAGAUCCACACUGAGUUCUGCAUUCUAUGGAUAGCACUUGCAGGAACUCCUAGUUUGAAGCUUUUAGCUCUAACUAAUCAUUUUGUUACAUUUUUGAAACACCACCACAUGUCUAUCUUAAAUAAUUCUACCUUUACUUUAUGAACUGCAUAAGGUAUUACAUCAUUUUUGCCUGCAUUUGCCCAAAGUCAAGAAAGUUAGAAAGAACAUUUCAACGUUUUUAACCAUAUUCUGCAUUAAUCCCUCAGUGAAGGGAACAGAGAUGUUUCAUAAUUCAGCAUAUUUCAUCAGUUUAGCAUACAGAUUGCAGAAGCAGCAGGAUGUUGAUUUGUAUUUAAAAAAUGUAAAUAAAGGAUUAAAUGUUUUUGGAGUGAGUGUUCAGUGCAUUAAUUGUUUUGCAUUGCAUUGACUAUCUACUACAGACUGCUCAAACAUUUUUUCCAUAUGAGUAAGGUUUUUGAUGCAGAAAUUCUGACAGUGGUUUCUGAGAUCCUGCUCCUACAGACAGAUGAUUUGGUAAAGAGAAACUUUAUCAACAAUUGCUAUGUCCAAACAAGCCAUAUCUUAGCCUAUUAUGCUUUCGCUUAUUAAGCUUUAGUGUAGUACAAGAGGUAGUCAUCAUCGUUGCAUCUUUUCCUUUCUUGUUUUUUCCAGGCAGCAGCAUCUUCCCCAUUUUCUUGUUCAUGUAGACACACACAGCUUUGAUUGAUGCUUUCCCAUUAUAUGGCCUAUGACCACUUCCUGCAUUAAGCACUCAGACAAGUAGAACGCUUGAAAAAUUUUAUUCAAGUCAUUUUCACAUAAACUUGCAACCAUAAUACGGGCAUGUAACACAAGAAUAUGAAAGUGCAAUAAAGAAUACAAAGCUAGUGUCUGAAUAUUAUAAAUAAGAACUCAUCAGAUGAAGAUGCAAAGUUUUUUUGAAGUCAAGACUCUUGGAAGAAAAGUGAAGGAAAUAAUGAAAACUUCAAAAAAGUUGCAAAAACAAGUGGCAUUUCACUGAAUUUAUAGCAGUUAGUUGCAUAAUAGAAACCUCCCCAUAACAUACUCUUUGGUUUUAAUUCAAGUUAAAACCUUUCAGCACCUUCUAGGAUUUGGAGAAAAUGAAAAAUGCCAUGUCAGCAUAAAUGCGAGACACAGGAUAAACCACCUUUAGUUGUCUCAUUUAUGAAACUCACCCUGCUGGUUUGAAUGAGUACAAUACAAACAACACAUAAAUGACUAAGGUACAUUUGGUGUUUGCACCCAUUCAACAUAUGGGUUAUGUGUAGUAAACUUUGGAGCAGAGAGAAAAUGAGUAGACUCACCAACACAAAAACAUCUACACAAUAUGCUGGUUCAGAUGGUGACCAAUCUGUCAUUUUUGUCACGUUUUUGUCUAGAAGUAUUCAAAUACUGAAUAUAUUUCAGGAUUAAAAAAAAUAUUUAAUGAACCCCUUCUGCAGAGAGUCUGGUACACAGUAUGUUCCCUAUGUGUAGUUUUCAUCUGAAGACCUGAAAUGUGGGAGGCAAUUACUUCACCCACAUAUUUAAUGUUCUCACAUUUCAAAGAAAAUCUGAGACUACACAGCACUGAUUUUGUACUGCAAUUUGUCUGAUACUGCUCCCAAUGACUCCUUUUAAAACAGCUGGUAGAAAGGGUUGCAAAACAGAAUUUGCUUUAUAAAAUAAGAUGUUAUCAAAACUGUUCUUUAUAAAUGGUUUUCAACAAAAAUGUAGUUUCUUGAAUAUGUUCCCAUAUGAAAGUAGUUAAGAUAUCUGGGUCAAAACUGUAAAGCCAAGAUACUGAAGAUAGUGGCUGGCACUCCCCUAUUUGGAAGUGCUUCUACACUUUCUAUACAAUCAACUCUUGUACUGCAUUGUGAUUAACUGUAGUUAAAUAGGGUAAGUUAAAGUCACAUUUCUUCAUUUUUUUUAAUCCUAAAAUCUCUUGCUUUUCUAGAUAGAUUGUUCGUGUUAUCUUAGGCAACGUUUGUGCUAAUGUACAUUACUGUCACGUUCCUUAACAUACACUUUAAAACAAAUAAAACAUUUUGCUACGGAAAAGAGCUACAUCUCUGUAACCACAAUAUCCCCAAUACUCAGUUAUGGCGUUCAGCACCUUUCUGAACCAGGCCAUUCCCACUGAAAGGUCCAAGUCCAGUACUACAACAUGCUCCACCUACACAGGAUGCUUAAGCUCCUCUGACUUCUUGCUGAUCUCAAUGGAGUUCUGCAAGUAGUUUGGAUAUAGAUAUGCAAGCAGGAUACUGCCUUGAAAACUGAGGGAGAAACUCCUCAGCUACUCUGUGUCCAGUUAGCCUUCUCUUAUCCCACAUUCAGUGUCAAGCACCAUGAAGUAAGAGCACACCACCUCUUACCAGGAAGCAGUCUGUGCCCACCACAGCUUAGCUUCCAUUACAGUAGUAGCUUGUGUGUUUAUUGCACAAGCUGCUGUCAGGACUUUCACCCCAAUUCUGACCUAAGUUUCUAGAAAGGUGAAUGCAUUUGCAUCUCUUUAUCUCUUUGAGCUGAGAUUUCAGAAGCCUAAACCUGAAUCAGGCCCUUGCUUUGCAGACGCACGUAAUAAAUGGCUUCCUAAGAAAUCUGGUUUCCAAAUUUUGCUCCUGUUUGGGGCCCACAGUGGUAACUGAUUGCUAAAAUGGAUCUCUGAACAAACGAAAAAGGGACCUGCAGUCUUUAACUGCAAUCUGGACGCACUUCAAACAUUGGGUAGUAAAAAUGGGGUUAUUACUUCUUAGAUGCUUUUUCAGCAUACCAACUAGCUGUACAAGCAUAACCUAGUCAUGAUUAAGGUGGAAGUACUUUAUAGUCCUGAAAUAAACAUAUGCAAUAAAGAACACAUUGAUCCUUAACGGCUAUCAUGACAAUUGAUAAAACGUCCAAAUGGAGUUCAUAGGGUUCUAUUGCAUAAAAUACCUCCAAGUACUGCCUGAAGUAUUCUCAGCAGCGAUCAAAAACCUUACAUAUUACUCAGAUUUUUUCCCUUCUUCAACUAUUCUGAAUAACACACUAUUUAAUAUAUAUAUAUGUAUAUAUAUAUACAUAUGUAUAUACAUAUAUAUAUAUACGAUACUGAGGUUUCACGUUUUGUUAGGAAUUUGGAACUGCUGCUUAAACAUAACCAAUACCGGUCAGUACUUCCAGGUCAUUGUUUCAAAAGUAGGUCCUUCAUUUUACAUGAUCUGAAAUCUUCCGAAAGAAAGCAUGAGAUCCCCUUGUGAUAUGUUAUUUCACAGUUUAAAAACAAAAUCACAGCUACUGUAGCUUACAGCAGGGUGCACUGCAAAA